CCCGCCCCCUGCCGGGUGUGGUUCUUCCCCACCCCCCAUCCUCCGCAUUCCUCUUUCUCCCGGAGCUGAGUGGGAAGAGGUCUAAAGAUGAUGUGGAGCAGCGUCGGAGCUGUGGUGCUGCUGGCAGUUGUGUCACUGGUGAGAGGGGACCCCCUCCCCCCUGAUGCCACCAAUCGCUUCCAGUAUGAUUGGCACCGUCUGCGCGUGGCCGGAAUGGCGGUGGCGUCCGUCCUCGCGGUCACCGGAGUCAUCGUCCUCCUGAGUGGGAAGUGCAAAUGCCGGAGCAAAUCCAGCCACCGCCGCCCCCCCCCGCUGUCCCCUCCCCUCCUCGACCCCGGUGCCACCAGCGCCUGCUGAGAUGUCCCCAAAUGUCCCCAAAGGUCCCCAAAGGGUCCCCGAAUGUCCCCAAAGGCCCCCAAAGGUCUCCAGAGGUCCCCAAAUGUCCCCAAAUGUCCCCAAAGGUCUCCAAAGGGUCCCCAAAGGGUCUCCAAAGGUCUCCAGAGGUCCCCGAAUGUCCCCAAAUGUCCCCAAAGGUCUCCAAAGGGUCCCCAAAGGUCCCCAAAGGGUCCCCAAAGUGUCCCCAAAUGUCCCCAAAGGUCCCCAAAGGUCCCCAAAGGGUCUCCAAAGGUCCCCAAAGGUCUCCAAAGGUUCCUGAAUGUCCCCAAAGGUCUCCAAAGGGUCUCCAAAGGGUCCCCAAAUGUCCCCAAAGGGUCCCCAAAGGUCCCCAAAGGGUCUUGAAAGGUCUCUAAAUGUCCCCAAAGGGUCUCCAAAUGUCUCCAAAGGGUCCCUAAAGGUCCCCAAAUGUCCCCAAAGGGUCUCCAAAGUGUCCCCAAAGGGUCUCCAAAGUGUCCCCAAUGGUCCCCAAAUAUCUCCAAAGGUUCCUGAAUGUCCCCAAAUGUCCCCAAAGGGUCUCCAAAGGUCCCCAAA